AUGAAGUUGACGCCGAUUCCCAAAAAGAAAGGCGCAAGAGGCAACAAGAACCUCGUUCAAAAAGGCAAGCGACGCGGUGAUUCGGAAACCGGCGAGAUCGAGAACCGUCCUUCCAAGCUCCAAAGGAAGCUCGCCGCCCGCCGCGGCGGCGUUGACCCCGACGGCCCCCGCAGCAGGAGGAAGACCUCGCUGCGGGACCUGCCCGAGUGGUUCCUGGUCGACGUCUUCCUCACCGAGAGCAACUUCAGCUUCCCCCGCUGCAGCGGCUUCAUCGGCCGCAUCCUCUCGCACCCCUACGUCUUUCGUCGCUUGAUCGCCGAGGCGUUUGCGCCCACCUGGGAUAAUUGGUACGGCUGUGCUGCCGAGGAGGUCGUCAGCUACUCGAUGCCCGGCGCGCACCGGAUGGGCGUGCAUGAUCUCGAGAGAUUCGGCGGCGAUGCCAAACUGCAGACCAGCAUCCUCGAGCAAAAGUGGCUGACGACUGCAAGACUACUGCAAGCCCAGCAGGUGUGGCUCGCAACCCGCCGGCGACCACAGCCGGUCUACUAUCGUGUGCCGUCCCCAUUUCUGCAGGUUCGACGCCGACGCAAGUCCCCAGGCAUUGGCCGGGAAGGCUUCAUCCAGGACCAAGACUUCCAGGCGCAGAGCCAGUUUGACCUCGAGUACGACAAGGUCGUAGUUGCAGAUGAGGAUGAGGACAAGGUCCAGCGGCCGUAUCCAAACAUGCUCGAGGUGCACCCUGAGACCUCGAUCCCCGACCGGCUGAUCACCGGCCCCUGGGUCGAGGAGGACCUGAGGUUGCUGUUCUGGCUGGGCAGGGCCGGCGCCACCAUGUCCGAAAACCAGUCCUGGGAGCUCGUUGUUGAGGCGCUGGACCGCAUGAUUGCCCUGGCGAGGCUCAGCAGGCCCGGGUCGACAGAUCACGAAGACACUCACGCCAUGGUGAGUCGGAUCGUGAGCCUCUUUGAGCUGUUUGAUAUAUGGGCGAAGCUGCCGGUGCGGGAGUGGGUGGCGCUAGAGAAUACACCCAACCUCGGCUGGCUGGGUGAUGUGCUGCGCACAAAAACAUCAAGGCUACCCGGCUUGGCUUGA